GCAUUUGGUACACGACGCUUGUUUCAGUUUCUUGCCAUUGUGUUGUUAAUUGUGGUUGAAGAUGGAGGACGCUGCGCGGCUGGAAGCGAAACAAAUCAUCUCCCAGUACAUGGCGAGUUAUUCGGUUUCUCAAAUGGCUGAUGUUUCGUUCAGUGAGCGCGAACAUUUGGCGGAACUUCACAAACAGAUCGAGCUGCGAAAAACGUACCGGGACAGUUUGCGUAGUGUGAAUUUGGGGUUGUACGCACUCAAGCAAGGUAUGCGCCGGUAUGGAAGCGACGCGUUCGAAGAACAACUCGCCCAAGAUUACCAUGCCACCAUUCGCCAGGUGGUUGAGAAGCAGCAGGAAAAAUCGCACGGAUUGCAGCAGCUAUGCUACGAAUACACGAUGCUUGGCAAUUCACGACAGGUGCUGAUCGAACAGGCAGAGCUGCAGAAGCUACAAGGGGUGUCGCGGCUUCAGGAACAGGUACGUGCGAAGCUCGCUAGUACGCGCGUAGUGAAACAGUGGGAACGCGAAAAGGCCACCUUACUGUCGGAACAGAAGGAUAUGUCAAAGCUGGAGGUUGUCGGCAAAGAAAUUAUACAAAAGCGCAACGAAAUGCUCGAGCGCAAAAAUGGCGAGAUAGCGAACACGCUGAUCUGCAUCGGCGAAGGAUUGGAAAAGGCGGAAGAGCUUCGGAUGAAGUUGGCCGAAAUCACUAAGAAGUAUCGUGACGAGCUGCACGACGACCAGUCCAGUGAUGUGGAUUUACGAUCGGAGGAUGGGAAAAAAGAUGCCGGGGCUGGUGAAAACGACAGGGCUACCAACACCGCUCCUAUGUUUGACUCAAUCGAUUGGAACCUUGGUAGCGUCAGUAUGGACUUGCGGUUGGAUCUCAACUUCAAGAAUCCAAACGAUUUUCCCGACAUUUUAACGCAUCUCAGUACCAUCAACACGAGCAAGUAUCACCUGAAGGACGUUAAACAGAACUGCGACGUAAAGGUUGAUAAACAGAAAGUGCGAAAUGCUAACGAACGGCCAAAAUCGUUUAAAAAGGGUAACAGGCUCGUUUCGGGUAAUACAGCAUUUUCGAGUGACGUUCCUACUCCCACAAAGAAAUCAAAACAGAAUGAUGCAACGGAAAAAGUCGUCCUGCAGGCGGUUAGUAAUGAUGUCGGAAAUGUACCAGCUCACGAUAAUAGUGAGAAAUAUCAACCACGCGCUAUUUUGGCAACACCGCAACCGUUGCAGAAGCAAAAUAAUGAGAAUGUGGCCAACCUGCAACAUAAAGUAUCGCGCAAAAAAACAUCCAUGACGGUCCAACACGAAACAUGUCAAAAAAGAUUUCCGAUCUUAGAGAAGAAAGCAACACCGACCACUGGAGUUGGCCAACAGGAUGGUACAAAGGGACAAGAAAUGAACUCCGGUUCAUCUCAAUCCCGUGUUCGUACACCGGCUAGCAAAGCAUUUGCAAACAUCACCAGUAUUCUCAGCAAUACGUCGAAAAUUAAGCGAGAACCGCAAUCUACUAUGCAGCAGCAGUAUCAGCAACGCGGACAGCUGGAGAAAAAGCAAGUCGCGCACCAAAAACAACCGGACCAACCGAAAAGAACACGUUCCAUGAAAGUGCUUUCGCCGGCAGGUACAAACCAACCCAAGCCGGUUGGACAUAAUUCUCCCGCAGAUAGCAAUGAAGCAACACCGAUGGAGGUGGAUUCGGAUGACAACCAGGAUGCGGAAUCUUCCACGAGCAACAAUUCACUGGACUUUGGCAUGCAAAGUGGCAGUUGUGAGUUUGAUCUGAACUUAUCCGGCGAUCUCCGGCGGGAACCGGAAGCGAACGCGGACGAUGAUCUGGACUUUCUCUCUAUGAAACCUGGCAGGGUUACACGGAGCCAGGGACAGAAGAAGAAAACUAACAGCGGUAAAAGCACCGGGAGUGGAGACGAUAUGGAUACGUUUGAUUUUACCUUCGGUGGGUCAAACUCUAGCGAGAGUUUAGUUCAACCGGAAGAUUUGUUUUAAUCAUUUCAUUCCAUUCCAUUUAAUGCAUGAUUCAACAUUACCUAUUCAUAAUGGGUAUGACAGAUAAUACAUUCUUUCGUUCAAUUUAUUUAAUUUGAAAUAAAAGGUUCAUUCUUCAUAGAAACA